AUGGAAUCUUAUGAGACCAUUGGAACAAGCUUUUCAAACUAUAAUCCUGAAGAGAUAAUGGAAAUGGAAAGAUAUGUUUUCUUUGAUAAUAUUGCUGAAGGUUCUAUACAAGCAUUGCCUAAUGAUACCAAGAAGAAAACUAAUAAUGAGGCAUUGAUUUACCAAGAUUCGGAAAACCCUAAUGAUAAUACGCCGGAAUCUUCUGAAUUUGCCGAUGAUAAUGCUUUAGAUAAAAAUCAAAUCAUAUCAGAAAAAGAAAAUGAAGACAAUAAUAAUGAAGUACUAGACGAUGAUGAAACAGCCAGUAUUCAAGCUCUACAAG